AACAGAUAAAGAUAAAAGGCCCAAAUAAUCACAAAAAUCCUAGAAUCGCAUCGAACGGUUAGAAUCAAUCGAUAUCCAUCAUAUCAAUAUACACUGCACCGUAGCAUAUAACAACCCCCUGGGCUUCUCCAAAGUUCUGGAGUCAGAGAAAAUGAAGAAGAAACAAGAUAACGAAGAACUGUCUCGACUUCUGUAAUCUGUAUAAAAUACUUUCCACUCAAACAUAUAUACACAUCUCUAGAAAACAAGCUUAGCUAAAGAAGAAAGAUAGAAGAAUAUGGCAGACAGAGGAAUAUUCUUGUAUCCAUUUAGAAGAUUCCAAGAAUGGUCAAGAUCAACGGCUCUGAUUGAUUGGAUGGAAUCAAACAACUCUCAUAUCUUCAAGAUCAACGUUCCUGGUUACAACAAAGAAGACAUCAAAGUACAGAUUGAAGAAGGGAAUGUUUUGAGUAUAAGAGGAGAAGGAAUAAAGGAAGAGAAGAAGGAGAAUUUGGUGUGGCACGUGGCGGAGAGAGAAGCUUUUUCCGGUGGUGGAAGUGAGUUUUUGCGGCGGAUUGAGUUGCCGGAGAAUGUGAAAGUUGAUCAAGUUAAAGCUUACGUGGAGAAUGGUGUUCUUACAGUUGUUGUUCCUAAGGACACUUCAUCGAAAUCGUCUAAAGUUAGGAAUGUUAAUAUUACUAGCAAGCUUUGAUGUCUAAACCGGGUUAAACCGGUUUUUGGUUUUCUUAAGAUGAAUAAAAUUGGACUUUGUUAUUUCAUAAAUCUAAUGAAUUGCAGUAUGCCAGUAUGUAAUAUUUAGGAAUCCAAUAAGAUGUUAAUAUUACUAGCAAGCUU